CCCGCCCCUUCCGGCGCUGCCGCCAUGGCGGAGCCGGCCGGGCCCUUCCGCCUGCUGCGGGACGGGCCGCGCCGGUACCUCUGCUACUGCGGCCCCGGCGGCACCGUGUAUGUGACCGACGCGCUGGAGGUCUGGGCCGGGGAGCUCGACGCCCGCCCGCCGCUGGACUGCGUAUGUACCGGGGCCGGGGCGGCGGGGGGGCCCGGCUUGCCCCGGGGCUGGGGGCCGGGGCCGGCCGCUUCGGGGCGUGCCCCCUCUCCUCCUCAGCGCUGCCAGCCGGAGGAGCACGGCACGGAGCUCAGGGAGGCCUUGGGGCGGGGGGCGGCGGCGCUGAGCCUGGGCGAGGGGAAGGCCACGCUGCAGCUGCGGGAGGAGGCCCGGUGCUCGGCCCUGGAGCUCUUCAAGCUGCCCAUGGCCCAGGCGAGGAGCCAGCUGCAGGCGCUGGUGUUCGGCAUGGCGGGGUGCAUCGAGAGCCUGGAGAGACGCCUGGAAGCAGUGAUGGAGACACUGGCAUCUUCCUGCAGCCCUGAGAAGAACACUUCCCAGAGCCAGCAGCUCUUCCUGCCAGAUGCUGGGCCUGCCAGGCUGGGCUGCUGGAGGCUCACCCUGGGCAUGGAGGGGCUUGCAGGGCUGCCAAAGCAACUAGCUGAUCUUUUGCAAUCCCCGUCCUGCCUGUCACUGACUGAGGCAGACCCCAGCCCCAGGAAGAACAGGGGUGCUGGCUCAGCUUUGCCUGCCAAGAGGAAGAUUCCAGGAGAGUCUCUCAUAAACCCUGGCUUCAGAAGCAAGAAGGCACCGUCUGGAGUGGAUUUUGAGGACUCCUGACCUGUGCUAUCCCUCCCCGCGAUGACAACCCUACAGAACUCGGUUGACCACUGUGUGUGUCUGAUGGAGUUUUCACUGCCCUGCACCUGCUGAUCCCCUUGCACCCAGGGAGACAGAUGGGGUGAACAGGAGCCAGAGGGCUGGAGACGGCACCUGGCAGGCCUGAGCACGCAGCAGAUCCUCAGCUGGUGCAGUGGCAGGGCCUCGGGGUGGGGUGGGGCGGGGAACAGACAGGGCAGGGGUGACAGAAGCGGUGGGUUUUUUCCCUGCAGCUCUUACCCACUGGCAGGGGCUACCUCGCUACCUUGCUUGCCAUGAAGUGGUGGGGUUUUUAAAAAACUUUUAUAUUGCCAUGUAACAAAAAGAUUGCCUGUGCUUAACUUAUUGCCAGUAAAAGCGGUUUUAGCCAGCUGGUCUCUGGCAACCAGGA